AUGACAGCUACAUACGUCAACGCCCAGAAAAAGGAAGCGGAGGAUGGAAUCGGCAGCGAUGGCACCCCACGCCAGGCAAGCUUGCUUGGAGAGGCGUUUGCGCCGGAACUGUGGGCGCAACCCCACCGAGACCCCCCAGCCAGCCCGCUAACUCGCCGGGCUGCCCUGGGCCCCAAACUCCCCGAAACUCAGUUCUCGUCACUGCCAAACCGUCCUCCUCGUCGUCGUCGCCCGCCUGCCCACCCCCAACACUCCAACUUGUUCUUCCGUCGCCAGUUGAUCCUGGGUGGCCGUCUCCCAUCUCCCUGCCACUCAAUCGCUGCCCUCGCUCGCCUAACCAACACCCCCAACUCCUAUGGCCGUGCCUAUGCGAGCUGGCCACGCUUUCGCCGAUCGUGGGCACAGACUCAGCCAGCCAAUGAGAUUCCGUGGUUCUCGUCGCUGAGCGGAACCAGAACCUUUGGCUGCUGGACGGGCCGCCUCGCCGCCGUCACGUCACGCCUGGCUGCGACAUCGGGGAACGAGAAGCUGCUCCUGGAGGAGACUGCUUGUGGAACCUUGCCGGGCAGCGCAUUCACCCGCCCUGUUAUUGAAAGUCAACAACACCCCCAUUUUGUUUUGGCCUGUUCAGCCGGCCCGACUGAGCAGCUUGCGGAGCUUCAUGAAUCCCAUUUAUCCUAA